AUGCUGCCCUGCGUGCUACUAUGCUUGCUUCUCUGCAACUAUUUAUUGUCAAGUCAGUGCGUCCUCGGAUAUUUCGGCGCGCCAAGAGUCACUCGCGAGGCACAGGCCAGUACAGCAGUGUGUUACGCUUGCGCGAUGGCUCGGCCCCGGUCCUCGGUCGUGGUGGUCGCGGUUGCAUUGGCCGCCGCGUGCGUUUUCUUGGCCGAGGCCGACGAGGAGCAGCACGCCGACGGCGUCGGCAGCACGGAAGCCCCAUCGGCGUCAGCCGAGUCGUCCACAGUGGAAGACAUCGAGCCCAUAGUGGCCGAUGCCGUGCAACAGGCCUUCAAACUCGGGCUGCCCGUGUUCACUCAGUUUGGUUCCGACCCGAACGUGUCCAGCGAGUGCUCGGCCGCGCUCGUCAAGACCAUGCUGGGCCUACGCCGCAUGGAGCCCUGGGCCAUACGCAUGGCCGACUCGAACGGCAAGCCUCCGCCGGGCAUGCUUCAAGGGAGCGUGGCCGACCUCGGAAACUUCGACGAGUGCCUGGACGUGGUGGUGCGCGAUUUCUACGGCGACGUCGACUUUACGGGCCAGUACUGCAGCCUAUUCGUGAACCCCAAAGGUGUCCCGUUCCUGCGAAAGAUGAUCGCCAAGUUCCAGGAGCAAGGCGAGAUGAUGGGCGCCAACAACCCGAUGAACUGGCUGAACCAGGACCUGUUUUUCGGCAUUCAAAUGGGCAUAUGCAUCCCGUCCAAGUGCUCGGGCACCGAGCUGCGCCACAUGGCGGCCACGCUGCUGCACCGGUACGGCUUCCACACCGUGGUGCGCGGAUGCCAGGUCAACGAGACCCGACCGCUCAAGCCCUACCAACGCGGCCUGCUCAUAUUCCUCGGUGUUCUUUCUGUUAUUAUUCUACUCGCAACUGCUUACGACGUUGCCCGCUACUACCUGCCAGAGGAGAAAAAGAAGUUCCUUCCAGAGCCGCUGACCAAGAUCCUGACGGCCUUCUCGGUUGUGGCCAACACCAACAUGCUGCUUACGACGCAUGCGGACAGCGAAUCGGACAGCAUGAAGCUGCGCUUCAUUCACGGCAUGCGCUUCUGGAGCUCUUCGUGGGUCAUUUUGGGACACACUUACUUCCUUGUCAGCGUGACCUCGCUGGCGGACUCGCUCAACAUAAUCAAGUACCACAGCCAGGCCGCGUUCCUCAUGAUUGCAAACGCCUACCCAUGCAUCCAGACGUUCCUUUUCAUCAGCGGAUUCCUUGUGGCAUACAACGUGAUUAAGCACCUCAAGGAUUACAAGGGAACCCUGGCCAUUCCUAUCGUGUUGCUGCUGGUCCGGCGAUACAUCAGAAUCACAGCACCGGUGAUGUUCCUGGUGGGCGUGUGGCUUCUGCUGCCGCUGUUCCUCACGGGACCGCUCUUCUCCGAGUACAAGGACAUCCUUUUCGGCCAGUGCGAAAAGAACUGGUGGCGCGUGCUGCUCCACAUCAACAACUGGGUGCCCUUCUUCGACAUGUGUCUCGGCCAUCUGUGGUACAUCAGCGUCGAUUGGCAAAUCUAUGCUUGCCUUUGGGUCAUCCCCAUGUUAAUGAUCAGGUACAAAAAGGUUGGCUUCGCCGUGCUCACCCUCGUCGUGCUCGUCACUUCUGCAAUGGUCGCGAUACAGACUCGUCUCUAUGACUAUGGACCCACAGCUAUCUACAUCGACACCAACAUCAACAAGACGAUAGAUGCUGGUAACCAGGUGUACUUCAAGCCUUUCGCCCACGCCGGAGCCUUCUGCGUCGGCAUCGCCACGGGCUACGCUGUCCUCGUAUUCGGAGCUAUGAAAAUCAACCUGUUGAUGCAGGCGGCCAUGUGGGUGCUGUCGGGCGUGAUAGCCGCCGUGGUGAUCUUCGGGCCAUUCCGGUGGUACAAGGGCGCCGCGUAUGACACGGCCGACGCGCUUCUCUAUGCGGCCACACACCGCACCGCCUGGUCCCUGAGCCUGGCCUGGAUGACGUUCGCCUGCGCCACUGGCCGCGGCGGCCUGGUGAACCGGUUCUUGAGCUGGGCGGCUUUUGUGCCACUCAGCAGGCUCUCGUUCUGCGCAUUCCUUAUGCAGACCGUGGUCAUCCUCAGUAGGAGCUUGGUCACCCGAGAGCGCAUUCACUACUCGCAUACCUCCUUGUUCCAAGACUUCCUGUUCGCCUUCAUGAUGACAUACAUGUGCGCCUUCCUGCUGUUCCUGGCCAUCGAGGCACCCAUCGGCAACUUGGAGAAGAUGCUAUUCCUGGGCAGCACCAAACAGGUGGCUCAGGCCUCGCAGCGCGCCAAGGCGCCGCAUCAGCAGCCGUCAUCCGGCAUCGCGGCCCCCGUCGAGGUGGUCAUGAUGCCGCACAAGAGGGCCGACAGCGGGCCGGACACAGACAACUACGACACUUCCAAGAGCCGCCUCUGACACCCGGGGGCCACUGUUCGCGCUUUUAGGAGUGCCUAUGUACGAGACCCGCGUUUUAGCAAGGACUGAUGACAAAUGCGGUCUAGGCUGCGCCAAUAUUCGGGCUGUGCACUACGAACGGAAAAAAAAUAGGAGCAAGGGAAGCGCUCGUCAACGCUGAGGCUUACUCGCUCACACAUAUUUCACCCCCUUAGAGACUUGCCGUGUGGAGCAUUGCACCUGAGAAUUUAUUCUUGCGCUGCAGGGUCGAAUGAUGGAUCAGUCACUUCCGGUGCUACUUUCACUUUCAGACGACGUUGCAUAAAGCGCGACGCCUCUUUUUCUGUCGAUGUGAACUAGUGGACGUCGCAAUACUUUUGAUGCACAUUUUAUUAAUGCAUUCUUCAGUAACAAGGCGUGGAACUAAAGCUGGCGGGGAAUGCAAUCACCCUCGAGCUUUUUUCGUUACAUCCACUUUUACCAGCAUGGGCGCUCGGAACGCUCGGAACGUGAUAUGCCUGAGAGUUGUCGAUCCAAACCCUGGACCAAAACUAUGUAAAAGGCGGAGUAUAGAUGACUGAUGAGUGGAGUUUGCACUCAACAGUGUUUUUGUGUUGUAAUGCGUAGGUCUGCCAACCUCGGUUAAGUAAUGCAUUUGGUCUUGUAUAUGACGCCGUGAACAACAUGCUCAAGCGUCUCAUAACAGCAUGUGGUUGAUUAACAUUAUUACUGCCGCUAAUGACACCGUAUUUCAGUGCACGGGGCGUGCGAAUUUAAUAAUUCUGCUGUAAAUAUCUCUCUUGAGCUUUUUUUUUUGGCACAAUGACACAAUAUGUACUUUGCCUUCAACGUACAUCUGUCAAGAAAAGCACAAUAAUUGUACCGUUUUGUAAUAGUUGUAAUAUUUGGUGAUAUGAAACCAUCAUGUGGUUCUCAUGAGGCAGGUCCAGAGCGAACAAUUUUUUAGAUGACACAGUGUUCAGACUUUUAGAGAGAAUGUUAAUCCAAUACUGCAGGGAAGGUGUGCAAAGAGGAAACGAAUAUAACAAUUGUUUAGUGUAUAACGUUUUACACUUCAAAAAGUUGAUAAAAAUUUGCUUCACUUGGUAAACUCUUCAUUUGCUACAAAAAAGCAAAUUUGUCGGUCAGACGUCUACAAGCAACACUGCCUGCAGAAGACGCCAACGAUUUUUGUUUUUAUUUCUUCUUGGCACCUGACGGUGCUGACAGUCAUGUCAUGCAUUAAUAUCGGUUUUCGAACAGAAACACAAGAACGAAAGUGAUAAAGAGCAAAUCUAUGAAUAGAUAGGUGCCACGAACUUAUGCGUCUUUUCUGAAAUACUGAAAGUCAUGCUUUUAGGCAAAAUCUGGUGCACACGGCCAGCAUUGCUGGUUUAUUAACUGUUUCAGGGAGAUGUUCAGUGCCUCACGACAAAGGCACAUCGAUGAUAAUUGAAACACUACAUUGGAUGGCACACCGAGCAAUGCAUAUGUUCUACUGAGAUUAUCUUUCAUCGUUUACUAGAGAUAAAAUAUCUUACAUAUCGUUACUUUACAUAACCCCGCCACAGUGAUUGUUGCUCAGCUUGCAGACAUGCGUUUUAUUAUCGGAUAGCUCGUUUUCUGACCUUAUUGCUUAGUAACAGGAAUGUUAGCAGAAUGUUCUAAUAAGUGCAGUCGCUGAUCACCAUCUCAUGUAAUGCCAACAUUCCUUCGUCAAAAUUGACAGCGUGCCUUAACAUCGCCACGCAACCCUUAAAGUCAUACAUGGUAGCACUUCUAUUCCACCAUGAUGUCCUUUUGAUUAAAGCAAGGGCCGGUUCACUCAUGAUUGAACACCAUGACACCUUCUUUAAUGCACGCAAACUAAAGUACACAUGUUACACUCGCUGCCAGACAUGCGUGUUUUUUUUUAACUUAUAAAUGUUUCUGUAUUUCAUGUUUCCUUAAGUUUGAUCGCACUACUAUUUUGCGUCAUGGCGCAUUCUGUGUUUCAAUUCAUUCGCGAACUGAAGCAUUGUAAGCGAUCACUGUAUACAUGUAUAGCAAUUUCACUCGCGAAUAAUGAGCAAAUGCUGUUAACAAUUUCAUAUUUUCGAACUUUUUUCAGCGAUGCCUUCUUAGCGAAAAAAUUCAAGUGAACAGAGAAAACAUUAAACCAUUUCUGACGCAACGUGAUUGAACUCCGAUUUUGUGUUCUCGCUAGCUCCAACAGCACCGAUAAUACAAAAUCGAGGCUCUGCGGUCCUAACAAUCACUCAUUUAUAUGACUCCGUUAUAAGUAAAGUUUAAGGAUUAAACGGGAAUCAAGCUUAUGUGAUAAGUUGUUUAGACUUUAGUCAAUCGGGUCAGAGAGCAGAAAAUAUGAUUUCAAGCAUGUCCAUUAUUAUCGGCAUUGAAUAUCUCGAAGCAAACCUUCAUUUGCUUUCGUUAGUAACAAAUGAACGCUAAAGUACAACCACAAAGCAAGAGCCAUGCUACAGUUCUUAUUGUCGGCAUAGGUCAAUAGAGGUAGUCCAAAUUAAAAGAUGCUACAAGAAUGAUUAAGUCAAAUUAUACUGGCGGAUUUCUCUCUGAGAAUUAUCGUUUGCUUGAAGAGGGAAAGCAUGACUUAUUAUAAAAAAAAAGAAGGUCUCAAGUGAACACAGGAUUUCAGUUUGCGGGUGUAGACCGUAAAUAUGUCAUGUCGUCUGGGCGUUCUGUGACGUUACAGGAGCCCAGGGCGCAGACACAAAAAUAACAACGCUAGCAAAAACUAAUUGAAUGCACCGGGUCGAAUGUUGGCUUGUCAUCGGGCGCCGAACGGCACCGGUAGCCGAGGCCAUUUUAUCUCUUACUCAAUCCUAUGUAUUGGUGACAUUCGCAUUUUUUUUACAAGAGUUGUGUGCCAGUCUGGCCUGACCUAAGGUUUGCCCCGUGGCUUUGGCAAUGUCACGGUCGCUACUCAGUUACAAGAAUCGGAAUAGAGUAUAUCGCUUACUUUGUACAUUCCUCAUAGCGCAAAGGAGAAAAAAAAAGCAACGAGUCAUUAACGCGACACAUUAUGGGGCUGGUUCCCAUAUCCUAUUUGCUGUGUGGUGACACGUUUGACAUGCUCAUACCAUGCUGCUUCAAUACUUUACACAGGCCUUUGCUUCAUAUUCUGGAAAUAUAAAGUCAAAGCGCGACGCAUAUCUAAACAAAUAUGUUGGUCAAGUGUAUAUUCCAUGUACAGAACAUCAUACAGAGCAUCUUCAUUACAAAUGUUACAUAAGUGAAAGAGAAAUAAUACUAUGGAGAAGGGAGUAUCUGCUAGGGCAAAAAUAUCAAAUCGAUGGUGAUUGUUCACUUACUCUUCACGCCUGUGGAGAGCAUUGGACAAAUACUAAUGCAUUGUGGUGAUGCAGCACUUGUCCAUAGUUCUGAGUUCUCUUUCUUUUCUUUUUGUUUACUGCAUCCAAAACACAAUCGCAGAAAUCAUUGCAAUUUUGUAGGAGAUUAUUUCAUUCUCAGCCAGCAAACACAUGCAAAAUUCCACAGUUCUCACCUUGCACUAAAGUAUCAUGCCUGUGACACCAGUUUUAAUCACAAAUAGCUGUUACUGCCGCCUUUAACGAAGACACCUUAUAAACAAGCUUCUAUAUCACUAAUAAUCAAAUGUUCGGAACUCUGGUACGCCACAUUAGGUUCUAGAGACACAAAAGCGGUCAUCCUGUAGCUUCUUAAGGCCUUUUGUGUCUAAGUUUGAAAUAUAAAAUGGCAAAGCAGUGCAUUUAUGAAUUUAUGUAAUGAAAACACGAAGAAAUAACAAUGUAUAGAAUAAUCUGAUACACGAUAAACAAGUAGGUUCCGCGACUGGUUAGUCGACACAAUGUUUACGCGGGUACUAUAAUCCCCUGGCACUAAUUGUACAUCAGGUUCCUUAGCCUCUUAGUGCUACGUCUCUGAGCAACAGCAUCGUUUGGCAUGUCCUUCAUCUAUGCUACGUAGAAAGCAAGUUCUCAAUUACUGAUGCAAAAACUUAUGUAAAUUCAACCUAUAGCUGUGUAUCUGUAAGCCAGUUUUUUUUUUCUGCGUGUGUGGACUAAUUUAGUUAUAUUUAGGCACGGUUAUGUAGUUUUAUUUCCGUAAAUGCGUUUGACAGCUAUGGUAUACAAAAAAUUGUGGUACCAGUCGAAAUAUUUUGGUGUAGAUCUCCCUUCGAGUCGUUGUCCUGCGCACUCAGAAGCUCACAUCUUUCAUUUCGUUGUUCCUUGGCAUUUACGUGUUGAUAAGCGCACUGAUAAAUGGAGAAGCGAUUUCGCCAAUACCAUUGUAUAACUGAACCCACAAUAACGUUAUGUAACAACGUUUAAUUAUGGCGGCAUCUUUGACAGCAGUUUCAAGCACCAUCAGAUUGGAUAUUUCACGUAGCUUCCACCAAAAUUUUUAAUUAGAGCGGUAUAUCGUGGGCACAUGCGACCAAAGGUGUACUGUUCACAGUUGCACUGAGCAGUCUCAGUCUUUUCGUAGUUAGCGCCCUUAACUAAUUCGUUAAGAUUUUUUAUGUAAAUCCAUAGGUAUCAUUUGGCGUCUCUAAACACGCUCCACAACCUUUCGAAGUAAAACUUAUGCCCUAAAAUGAAAUAGACAUAGUUGAUUUUAACUACUAAGUUAAUUAAGCGCUCUGCAAAAAAAUAAUCUGAGUAACUCCAGACGACUGCAAACAAUAUGGCGCCGGUCAUAUACACCAACAACGUACCUAUUCCUUUUUUAAAUAUUGGUCCAAAUUAAUUAAAGCGCCCGUAUGUUCGUACCAUUUUUCACAAUGAAAAUAUGGAAAUCAUAUUGUGUAUUAUGCCUUAACUAUUUUUCUGUUCCCUAGCUUUGUACAGUGCACUUUUAAAAUCUUAAGGAUCACCUUUUCAGAGGUUACUGUGUGCUAAGUAAAUCAUUAAAUUACACUUACUUCAAAGAUGCUUCAGUACAGAUUCUUCUGGAAGUGGUGGUGUAAGCAGUUCGUUUUGUUGAAGUUGAUGUCGCAGAUUGAGUCACCAGUACGUACCUAAGAGGGUACACAUGCGUGCGUUCAUUGUCGUCAAUUUAUAUUUUUUUAAACAAUCAAGAAGGUUUCGUGCAAUGUUUGCGGAAAUAGAUUGAAGUAUUUAUUGAUAUAGACGAGAACGUGAUGAUUAGAGAUAUAACCUUGAUGUAUACGCUCUGGAGCAGAAAGCUUGUUCUUACAUGCACAUAUCAAAUGCGUGAGACAAACUAACCUAUUCAUGGAUGAUCUGUAAAACUAUAAUCCCAGAUUGUCUUAAAAAUAUCUCUACAACGCUUUGAAACAUGAAUGUAGUUUAUUGCAUUCUCAAACUGUAUACCGGCCCUCGCAAGUUUUUUUUUACUCGUUAUCUUUAGACAAGUAAUCUGGAUCCUACAACGGACAAAAGCACGUCGAUGUUGAUUUCUAUUGUUUCAAAGAAAUUCAGGGAUGCUUGCUUAAACAAUUUCUCCUUAUGGCAAUAUGUGCCCCAUCUCCAAGAACAGAAACUAAACGUUCUUAUGAAGUGACAAGGUGUAUAUGUUCCACUGGACCAUGCUACAUUACCAUGCAGGCUGCGUUUCUUUUUAGGUUAUCCAGGUAGGAUAAACUGCGCAAAUAGUGUAACAGUAUGAGCCCAACGAAGCGCGGCUACACAAACACUAAUCUUCGGCGGCCGCUCCAUUACCCAGCACGGAAGCAUUGGCCACUGCAGACAACUGCUCAGCCUAACUUGCCCCCAACAAAAAGCCGUGUCAUGUUGAAAAAAAGGAGUACUCAAACGUCAUGCCAGAAGCUGGAACCGCUUUACGGUUAGGCUUUAAGACUUGCCACUGUAAGAGCUUAAUUUGAUGUGUAAAAAAUUUCACGGUAGUAUCCCCCGAGGCCUGAAGGUUAGGCAUGCUUAGUUUAACUGGCUUUCUGCUGAUUGUGAUUUGUUUCAUAUUGUGCAACAAAGCGCUGCUGGCUUACCUGGACAGCUAGUGACGCAUAUUGGCUCGGCAUAGCAAUUAAGAUUAAUGCUUAGGAUUCCAGCAGCUGUGUAGCCGUAUCUUGCUGACGUGCAAGCUGACUGCCGCGCAAACAAGGAUGUUUGUGGCGACAUUGUAUGUACGUUUACAAAAAGCAAAAAAAACAACAACAAUGCAGUCGUUUGCAGAUGCAUAGAUAGUUAAUUUAGAUACAAUUCAGUGAAUUAGAGACUUCUCGGUAUUUGUUCGAGACGUUUUGAUAUCGUUUAUUCCAAAAGAAAUUUUGCAUCAAGGGCAAAUCAUUCGAGCAGAAUCCUAAAGAACCAUUUCAUCAUUUUUCUUCAUGCAGUAUACUAGACUACAUUCAGAAUGCUUCCGCAAGUGCUUGCAAAAUGUAACCCUGUUGUAUACAGAUCCAACUUCUUGUAAAUAAAGAUAUCAGAAAAAUA